GAGUGGGACCCGGAUGCUGAUGCGAGUGAGACGAAGGAAGGAAGAGGAGAGAGAAAAUAUCGAUUUACGGCAAGAAAACCGAAGGGAGUAUAAUACAGGGGGCCUUUACCCUGCGUGAACUAUUUUCGGGAGUAAGGAGGAGGAUAAGGCAGUCGAUAUUAGUGCGGGUUUAUCUGUGGAUACCUCUGUUUUUUUACCUGUGUAUCAGCCGGUGAGGGAGGAGGACACGCCAAAGGAGAGAGGAGAAGAUGCUGUGAUCCGCUACUUGCAGUGAUGUAGAGGGGGAGAAACGGGGAGAGACAGGGAGGGGGAGGACUACGCUACGCUAAAACAUGGUUCUUUUGCGAGGUGUACGCGUUUCGUGUCGAAAUAUUGUGAGAAUGCGGCGGCCGUCUAGCAAAUCGUACCGUUUGUCGAUGUCCAGAAACUUCAGGAGGUGUCGGUUUUUUUGACAGGCGGCGCGAGCGAGAGACGGCCGUUGGUCAAGGCGUUUAAGCUAAAGCUAGCCUCGCUGCUGUGUGGGAGAGCGGAGCGGCGGCGAGGCUAAAUAAAAUAGCAUGUUGUUGCACCUGUAAUAUAGGCCUGACAGACAAAAUUUAACAGAUAUAAGUGUCAGUGCUAAGUCCACUUUACAUAUUUCACGUUUUGUUGGUAUAUUCAACCAGCAAAUGAUAUAAAUCUUUGCUGCAGAUGUGAAAAACCUAGCUUGUUUUUAAGGCUGUGUAACCAUACCGUUACUCUGCCUUAAUUUUAUUGUUAGCUGAUAUAUAUAGUUAGUUAACGUCAUAUAUGUGUAUAUAUACGUAACAAGGUGCAAGUUAUACAGAUAAGCUAAUGUACAGAAGCAAAACUUACUGGUUUUGCUUACCUUUUCAUGGAUAUUAGGGUACUGGUAUUUAACGCAUUAAACAGCCUUGUAACCUACUUGUCAUCUCAGUUUCACAGCUUCAAGCUUUGUAGUUAAGUGUUAACAUUAGCAUCUACCGUGUUGAAUUCAUAAAGGAAAGAAGUUUUCAGAUGAAUAAUGGUCAUUUGUCAACCAGGUGUUGUAAUCCAGCACCAGUUGGGACUUGUUAUUUCUGAGUUAACCCAGUAACUUCAGUGUAGCAGUGUUACAUCAAUCUAUCUAUCACUGAAAUUGUUGGGAUCAUUUGAGUUGAUCUCACAGGAACAUCUUAGCUCUAUAAUAACACACUUGCAAUUGCAAUAAUCGCAGUGCCGUAGUAGUAGUAAGUGGUGGAUCAGCCUCCAGCAAGAGCAGUAUGAGUAAGGAACUGUCUCUCAGUCAGUCAGCUCAAUAUGUUGGGCCCUAUCGACUGGAAAAAACACUGGGGAAGGGGCAGACAGGACUCGUCAAACUCGGGGUCCAUUGUAUUACGGGUCAGAAGGUAGCGAUCAAAAUAGUCAACAGAGAGAAGCUGUCUGAGUCAGUCCUGAUGAAGGUUGAGAGGGAGAUUGCCAUUCUGAAACUGAUCGAGCAUCCGCAUGUGUUAAAGCUGCAUGAUGUUUACGAGAAUAACAAAUAUCUGUAUCUGGUAUUGGAGCAUGUGUCAGGAGGAGAGUUAUUUGACUACCUGGUAAAGAAGGGCCGACUGACUCCAAAGGAGGCCAGGAAGUUCUUCAGGCAGAUAAUUUCUGCUUUGGAUUUCUGCCACAGUCACUCCAUCUGUCACAGAGACUUGAAGCCUGAGAACCUGCUCCUGGAUGAGAAGAACAACAUCCGUAUUGCAGACUUUGGCAUGGCAUCCCUACAGGUGGGAGACAGCUUGUUAGAGACCAGCUGUGGAUCACCACAUUAUGCUUGCCCAGAAGUUAUUCGGGGGGAGAAAUAUGACGGGCGCAGAGCAGAUGUGUGGAGCUGUGGGGUUAUCCUCUUUGCUCUACUGGUGGGUGCCCUGCCAUUUGACCACGAUAACUUACGCCAGCUUCUUGAGAAGGUGAAGAGUGGGGUGUUCCACAUGCCCCACUUUAUCCCACCGGACUGCCAGUCCCUGCUUAAGGGCAUGAUUGAAGUCAACCCUGAAAAAAGGCUCACGCUAGAGGCCAUUCAGAAACAUGCCUGGUAUCAGGGUGGUCGUAAUGAGCCAUGUCCUGAACAGCCUCCUCCCAGGCGAGUAUGCGUGAGGCGAAUCUUGUCCCUGACUGAGCUGGAUCCAGAUGUGUUGGACAGCAUGCACUCAUUGGGAUGUUUCAGAGACAGAGUCAAACUCACACGUGAUUUACAAUGUGAAGAAGAAAACCAGGAGAAGAUGAUCUACUACCUACUGCUGGACAGGAAAGAGCGCUAUCCCAGCUAUGAGGAUGAGGACUUGCCUCCACGUAAUGACGUAGCAGACCCUCCUCGAAAGCGUGUAGACUCUCCCAUGCUGACACGUCAUGGCCGCUGCCGCCCUGAGAGGAAAAGUCUGGAGGUUCUCAGUGUAACUGAACAGGGGUCACCCACCCCACCUCGCAGGGCCCUGGACACAGCUGCACACAGCCAGAGGUCUCGCUCAGUUAGUGGAGCAUCAACUGGCCUCUCCUCCAGCCCCCUCAGCAGUCCUAGGUCCUAUCAGAGCCCCGUCUUCACUUUCAGCCAAUCAGAUGUCACCUCUGCCACCGCUACCCCCCUCACAAAGGAGCCCAAACAGGGAAGCACCACCACUCCUCGCUCAGCAAGGGCUCAUGAAAAGCCCAAAGCUCCCUCGAAUCCAAAGACACAAACCUUGCCCACCAAGGGACCUGCCGACCGCCCCCAUCUGCAGCCCAUCAAAUCCUUGCCUCUGCACAACCCAUCCUCCCGCUCACCCUCCCCGUCUCCGCUCCUCUCACCCAUCCCCCGUUUCUUCUUCCCUUCGUCCUCUGUCCUAAAGUCAGUGACUAAGAGCUUCUACCCAAAUUCUGCCCACUCUGUGCCGCAGGUUACCCCCCAGGGCUCUCCGUUGCCCACACCCUUGGGCACCCCUGUCCACCACCCUCACCACCCCUCCUCCACCCCGCCCUCCUCCUCCUCGUCCUCAUCCUCUUCGCGGGCGGAGGGAGGGGGAGGGGUGGGUUCGCUGUCGUUGACACCACCUUCCAGCCCAGGAGGGGGAAGCGGCAUGGCAGCCAGCAGCUCUGCCCACUGGAGGACUCGCCUCAAUUCUUUUAAGAACAACCUCUUGGGCUCACCACGUUUCCAUCGUCGUAAACUGCAAGUUCCAACUUCAGAGGACAUGUCCAGUUUAACGCCAGAGUCCAGCCCUGAAUUGGCUAAGAAGUCGUGGUUUGGGAACUUCAUUGGCUUGGAAAAAGAGGAGCAGAUCUUCGUAGUGAUCAGAGACAAACCACUGAGUUCUGUCAAAGCUGACAUUGUCCACGCCUUCCUGUCUAUCCCGUCGCUCAGUCACAGCGUACUCUCCCAGACCAGCUUCAGAGCCGAGUACAAGUCCUCCGGCGGCCCCUCCGUCUUCCAGAAGCCCGUCAAGUUCCAGGUGGACAUUGCCUUCUCCGAAGGCGAGAGGGAGCGAGACAGGGAGAGGACCGAGAGGGAGGGGAGGAGGGAGACAGGAAUCUACAGCGUGACGUUCACCCUCAUAUCAGGUCCGAGUCGCAGGUUCAGACGAGUGGUGGAAACAAUUCAAGCUCAGCUUCUCAGCUCCCAUGAUCAACCCAUGGUGCAAGCCCUAUCCGAUCCCUUCCCAGAUGAGAAGAAUGGACGGCCCCACGGGACCCCCACCCGCCAAAAUUCCAGGCGCUCCGAGGGUGGGGGCGACAGGUGCGAAUGGGGAGACCGAGCAGAUGGCGGAGGCAUUGGAGGCAGCGGGGGAGUUCUGCAGCGCAGAGGCUCGGCAAAAGAGAGAACCCGACUGCUAUCCUCUAAUGGAACCCAAUCUCAACCAUAGGGGGGAAAGUGCAGCAGGACGCCUGAAUCACAGUGGAAAGAAGACAGUAUAACCUCAUCUACAAGUAUCCCUGCAAGCCAUGAGCUACUCCUAUUCUUCCUUGACUAAGUUAUUGAAGGUGCUUGACCAUAGCAAGGAUUGAGCCUUUUCCCCAUCAUGCUUUUUUUUUCCAACUCAACAUUCUUGGGGUCACCAGGAUUCCUACCCUUACAUCAGAAAGAAGUUUUAAGGAAUCACCCUUUAACGGAAAAAAAAAAAAAAAUACAUGAAUGAGCAGUUUGGUAACAUAGAUACAGCUUCACAGAACAAACUAGAAAUUCCGAAGAGCUAAUGUGCAUGCCAGUUAGCAAAUCAGCCUGCUAAAGGAUGCUGACACGAUCAGAUAGGCUAGUCUACCAUAUCAUCGUUAUACAGUAUCCGAUACCAAAAAGAAUUAACAGAAAUGGUUCUCAAGAUUAGUCUUAACAAAUUAACCAGUACCUUAUGACUAUAAAACAACAUGCAAUUACCAAUUCAUACUGAAAGAAAUAUAGAUGUAUCUCAGCAAAUGAACCCUAAGAGUUAGCGACCUGCUACCACUUCAGUGAGCUAAGGUCCUGAUUUUCUCAGGAGAGACAACAGAAUGGAAAUAAGAAUUCCAGCAGUGUGUUCUCCUGAGUUAAUGAAAACCAACAAAGUAAGCUAAGUGAAUGUGAAAAAUUAUUUUUUUAUUUAUUUAUUUGUUUGGUUUUAAAUAUUUCUUUCAAAGAUGUCAGUAGCAUAGUGAUAGUAGAAGCUGAGAACACUUCAGUGUUGGAAAGGAGGCGCUGACCAGUUGCUUUUUUGACAGGCAUUCUUUAGAUGUUUAAUGUUUUGAUCCUUUUGUAUUUUCUUUUUACUCAGAGACAAUAUGAAGACAUGCAGUUGUGUUUUUGCAUUGGACCCGUGUUGCUCUGAGGACAAGUAUUUUUGAUUUGAACAGAUAUAUGAACAUUACUAUAUGGAAAAAACACUAUGCGUGAAUAGUUCCAUGAACCUCAUUACAGCUGUUUGUGCCCAGAUUGAAUGACAAGAGCAUUCCUGGCCUGUGGAUUGAACAGAAGCCACCUUUCUCGUUGAGCUUGUCACCUAUUGCCAUAGUAUUUACUUGACUUGGAACAAAUAAAAAAGAAGAAAAAAAAAAAGACAGAGAAAAACAAUUCUCCGAACAUCCAUCAAUGGAAAUUCUCAUGAUAUCAGACUUAAUAAGCUUGCGAUGUCACUUCCUUGUAGAACAGGACCUCCAAUUUGGAAGCAAGCAAAGAGUCUCCUAACCCCAUGCGCCUCACGUCAGUGUUCACCAACAGGCCAAGUAGUCCAUCACUGCACCCCACGCUCAUCACUGAGAGUCGCACCAUUCUGCAAGCAGACGUAGCAACUCGGACAUGUCAUGUAUUAAUCCAGUACUCUAUCAGACUAGUCGAUGUUCAUCACCAGUCUUCCAUACAGCACAAUAUGCAAGAAAAGUGCAGAAUGUUUCCAGAGGGAUGCACAGUGCUACAGUUGUGUUUAUAUUUAGGGUCAUUUAUUUGCUUUUUUAAAAUGUACGUCCACUUCUACAUCUACCAUCUAUUAGCAUAUUUAUUUAUCUAUUUAUUCAUGUACCGUAUUUCAUCUUGUGGUUAAUUGUGUUAUGUUUUUAUUUAAAAACAACCUUUUAUGCCAUCAGAUGUAUUUAGGGAAACUGUUUUAUUCCAUUACACACUACAACUCAUUUAAAAAAAAAAAGAAUGACAGUGAAAGCAGUACUGGCAAGUGUCUCUGAUUUGACUUUUUCUCUCAUUUUUUUUUAUGUCAUGUUUUUUUGUGACAAAGGACGGGUGAUAUUUGGAGCUGGUAUGGAGUUUCACUCAGACUUUCUGACAAGAUGUGUGUGACUGACCCUGGAAUAUUUAAUGGAUUAACAGAGCCAAACCCUGACAGGCACAUAAUUUCUCUCUCACACACAUUGAAUGCUUGCUAAUUCGCUUCAUCUCUUCUUGCUUUAGGCCUUCCCCAUUUUACCCCUGUCUUCACUUGUUGUGUAGCCAUCAUCAGCACAAGAGAAACUGUACGAAGUUGUUUGCCUCACUGUUUGUACCCACUUUAUGAUUGCUCACCGUCAUCGGUUUCAUCUCUCUCAUCACCUCCUCACCUUCACUUUCAUUGACCCAGCUCUGGCUAAGAUUGUAAACUAUUCUUCAUUCAUAAGGGUCAGUAGAAUAAGGUGUUUAAAAAAAGAAAUGUCUGUAUCAUAAUUUAAAUAUAAAAAGUGCACUAUUAUAACUAUUGCCUGUGAUAAAAAGAAAAAUUAUGAUUGAAUUGAUGGUUAAAAUAAAGAGAGAUCCACCUUAUUGUUAUGGUUACAAUAAUAAACCUUAAAUUCAU